AUGGCAGCCACGGACGCCGAAUCCAUACACCAGAAAAAGGCCCCUCGCAUUCUAGGGGUAUUCUGGGCCUUCUACAGUGUGAGUGUGGUGAUGGUAUCUCUGCGACUUUAUAUCCGAGCCCGGAUGCUAAGGAACAUUGGACUCGAUGACUAUAUUAUCGUGGCAGCAAUGGUUAUGGUCACUAGUUAUACAAUCCUCACCACGGUGGCUGUCGUUCUGGGAUACGGGAGCCAUACCUCUGUGUUGAUGGAAAAAGGUGGCAUGGACUUGGUUGAACACAUUCUAGUCCUUAAUUACACAAACUUCGCACUAGGAAUCAUGUCUUUCACCACCCCGAAACUCGCAGUCGCUGCUCUCCUAAAUCGCAUCAUGAAUCCCAGCCGGUUCCACCGAACAUGGUUAUGGAUAUUGACAGGCUCCGUGUUCGUGGCAUCGACCAUCUGCAUCAUUGUUCUCUUUACCAUGUGCAACCCUCCCCAGGCUCUGUGGAAGAUUCAUCUCAUGAGUGAAGGGGCAACAUGUCGUUCGACCACGAUCCUAACGGGCUAUGCAAUCUUUACUGGGGUUCUGUCUGCGGUAGUCGAUCUAUAUCUUGCGAUUUACCCGACUGUGGUAUUGCUCCGACUUCAAAUGUCGGUUAAGAAAAAAUUGGCCCUGUGCGCGGCUCUGGGGUUGGGUGCCGUAGCCUGUGCAAUGGCUAUUGUCAAGUGUCUACAGUUACCAAGUUUAUAUAACACGGCCGACUCGACAUACGCAACAGCAGAUCUUGUUAUCUGGACGAGUAUCGAGUCGAACAUCAUCAUCAUGGCUUCCUGCAUCCCAACCUUGGGUCCGAUAUAUGAAAUGACCCGAGGCAAACGUUCCUGGAGUUCUCACGAGCGAUAUGAAAGCGGCAAGUGGCGGUCUUACACGGAUAGGCCCACGAAGAAAUCGGCAAGCAAAAAUCGCGAGGAUGACGAUAUCCUCAUGACAACGAAUAUUGGGACCACAAGGAGCGGUAGCCAAGAAAGCAUAUUGAAUUCGGAUCAACUCCGGAAUGAAGCCUAUGUGACCGGCAAGAUUCAUCGCACGGAUCAGAUAAAGAUUGAGUAUGGGGAAAGACUACAAAGAGGAGGGAGUGAAGUAACCUAG